AUUAAGAUGGACGACGAAAAUAUGUAUUGCUAUUCGCCGGAGUCCAUCGGAAGUCCAGGAGUAUGGGGUUUAAAUAUUUUCAACUACAUAUUUCCUGUCUUUAUGGUUCAAUUGCUCGCGGUUGUCUUCAUGACCCGGGUGGUGUCAUUCCUUCUUAAGCCCCUCCGUCAGCCCAACGUCGUCGCUGAGACUCUUGCCGGCAUUCUGCUGGGCCCAUCGUUUCUCGGGCUUUUCUUCAACUAUAUAUAUUUUCGGUUGCCGGACCAGAACUUCGUGAUACUGGACGUGGCGGCCAACUUCGCCCUCACGUAUUAUAUGUUCAUGGUGGCCGUCGAGCUGGACGUGGUCACCAUCUGGCGGAUGGGGAAGAAGGUGGUGGUCAUCGCGGUGGUUGGCAUGGUCCUCCCCUUCGUCGUCAGCUUCACCUCCGCCCGCGCCUUGGGCCUCCGCCCCGGCAUGACGAUCCUAAAGUUCGGCGCCGUCGACCCCGCCAUCAAAGCCGGCAAAGACCAGAUGCUGGUCCCUUUCCUCGUCUUCAUCAGCCUCGCCGUCUCCCUCACUGGCUUGCCCGUCCUCUCUCGUAUAAUCACCGAGCUCAAGCUCCUCAACUCCCCGCUCGGGCCCCUCUCGAUGGGCUCCGCCAUCAUCAACGACAUGGUCGCCUGGAUCCUGCUCGCCUUCGUGACGGCUGCCACCGGCGCCAAGGAGGACAAGCCGGUCUUUUGGCUCGCGCCGCUGUGGAUCACCAUCGCGGGCGCCGCGUUCGUGCUCUUGUGCUUCUACGUGGUCCGUCCGGCCAUCGAGUGGAUGGCACGGCGGACGCCGGAGGGCGAGCGGAUGAGCGACUUGCAUCUCGGGAUCAUCCUGGCGGGAGUGCCCGCGGCCGGGUUCCUCACCGACCUCAUCGGGAUCCACAGCUUCUUCGGCAGCUUCAUGUACGGUCUCGCGGUGCCCGCGGGGCCGAUCACCGCGCAUUUGAUCGAACGGAUGGAGCCGUUCCUGGACAACAUGCUGCUACCGCUCUUCUUCGCCAACAGCGGGUACAGGGCCAACCUCAACUCCAUCCUGCCGCCUUGGGCCAUCGGCAGCUGUGCCGCCCUUGUCAUCUUGGCUACUUUCGCCAAGGUGGCGGGCACCAUUAUCGUCGCCUUGUUCUAUUCCAUGUCCUUCCGCGAUAGCUUAGCGCUGGCUUUCCUCAUGAGCGUCAGGGGCCCCGUCGAGAUUAUCAUCCUCAACGUCGCCAUUGACAAACGAAUGCUCAGGGGCGAUAUGUUUGCGGUGAUACUCAUAACGUCAUUGAUAACGACCGCCCUGGCGGCGCCGGUGGUGACGCUGGCGUACACAAAGCCAUCGGAGCCGCUGGCAGCAUAUCAUCUUCGAAACAUCCAAGGGGCGAGGCCGGAAGCGGAGCUCCGGAUGCUGGCCUGCGUCCACAACACCCGCCACGUCCACUCCCUCACCUACCUCCUCGAUGUCUCCAAUCCCUCCAAGCGCUCCCCCAUCUUCAUCUACGCCCUCCACCUCGUCGAGGUUGUCGGCCGUGUCUCCUCCAUGCUCAUCAUGCACCCCUCCGCCGACCAAUCCCACCACAACCACAACCGCGGCAGCGGCCACGGCCACCGCCACCGCCCAUCCCUUCCCUACGGCCAAGCCCAGUCCGAGAGCAUCCUCGCCGCCAUCGAGGGCUACAAGCAACACUCCGCUGGCGUAUCCUUCCAGCCCCUCACCGCCUUCUCCCAGCACGCCUCCAUGCACGAGGAUAUCUGCAGUGUCGCCGAGGAGCGCCAUGUCUCCCUCAUCGUCCUCCCCUUCCACAAGUAUGUGACCAUCGACGGCGCCAUGGAGGAGGUUGCCGGCACCGAUGUCCGCCCCAUCAACCUCAACGUCCUCGCCAACGCCCCUUGCUCCGUCGCCAUCCUCGUCGAUUGUGGCCUCGACUCUGGCACCACCUCCCACUUCCCCGGCCACCGUGCCUCCUACCACGUCGCCCUCGUCUUCAUCGGGGGGCCCGACGACCGCGAGGCGCUCGCGUACGCCUGGCGCAUGGCGGAGCACCCCGCCAUCGUCCUCACCGUCAUCCGCUUCAUCGCGGUGGACCCGAUUUCUCGGUCGCAAUCGAUGUGCUCGGUGAACGAAAUGGAGAACGACAUGUCCUUGCUGGCGCACCAUGAGCUAGAGAAGGAGCGGGAUGAGGAGGCGGUGAAGGAGUUCCGGCUUCGGUUCGUGAGCCACGAGUCGGUGGUAUUCACGGAGAAGCUGGCGAGUGACAGCGGGGAGACGGUGGCCGUGCUGCGGGAGAUGGGGAGCAACUACGACCUGUACGUGGUGGGGAGGAACCAUGGGAGAAAGUCGGCGCUGACGGCGGGGCUGGAGCAGUGGAGCGAGUUCCCGGAGCUUGGGCCGAUCGGUGACCUGCUGGUCUCGUCGGACUUUGGGGUGAAGGUAUCGGUGCUGGUGGUGCAGCAAUAUGUGGAGAAAGAGCCGGGCGACAACGAUUGGGAGACGCUGGGGCACAACGAACCAUUGUCGCAGCGGAGGUUCGGCAAUACGUGGGUAACGCCAAUGGCCACAUAAGAGCUUCAACAACAACAACGAAUCUCCGUGAAGAGAGAACCUCCAUCUACCAGAUAUGUGUUUUUAGAAAUAUUUUUGUAGUUUAGUGAAAAAAGAAUGGAUAUUUAAUGUGGAAGUGAUUUUAAGGGUAUUUUUGUGGUUUACAAAAAAUAUGAGCAUUUCCGUGCUUUCCGCUUUAAUUCCCCACAGAAACUUAUGUGGUGGACCUUAUUUAAAAGACGAUGAAAGAUAUUUCUAUAAUAUGAUAUUAAUAUAUUAAAAAUUAAUAAAAAAAUAAA